UUUAGGAAGAGAAGUGUCGCCCCAUUUUCUUUUUAGUUCCUGGCCGUUCUUUUGUCAUUCUGCCUUACGAGGUUCCUGACAAUGUAUCUCAGAUACCUGAUCGUGUUUCUUCUAUGGACCGCCGGCAGGGGUCAAGAUAAUCUCAAUCCUCAACCGGCCCCCGUAAACACCACGACGACGACGACCACCACUCGAAAUCCUCGGGGGAAAAAUUCGAUUCUGGAAGAUCUACUGAAAGACGUCAACGACGAUAGGGAACCGGUGGAAUACGAGGGAUACGACGGAUGGUACAAUAACGCCGCUCACCCCAAUUUGGGAGCCGUGGAUAGUCCUUUAAUUCGAAUUCUGCCACCCGCCUACGCCGACGGAUCCUACAAACCCGUGGAAACCAAAGAUCGUCCCAACCCGAUAACUCUCAGCGACACGUUGAUGAAGGGAGCUUCGGGAAAUCACUCCAAAACGGGGAAAACCGCUUUUCUCGUCUUUUUUGGUCAACAAGUAGUAGAGGAGAUAUUGGACGCUCAGAGACCCUCUUGUCCCCCCGAAUAUUACAACAUACCCAUACCCGAGGGGCACGAGUAUCUGAAAACCGGGCACAGAGAGAUGCCCGUCCUACGAACGCGAUACGCCGUGGAUACCGGAAACUCUCCAAACAAUCCCAGACAACAGCUGAACGAAAUCACCCCCUGGAUCGACGGCGGUUUAAUGUACGGCACUUCUAAGGCUUGGGCCGACGCCCUCAGAUCCUUCGUCAACGGCACUCUGGCCGCCUCUCACGGAGGUCUGUACCCCGCCUACAACGACGUCAGAUUACCCAUGGCCAAUCCUCCUCCCCCCAAAGAUCAUUACUUGAAGCCAGUUUCGCGAUUCUUUAAGUUGGGGAAUCCCCGAGGCAACGAGAACCCCUUCUUGUUGACUUUUGGGAUUUUAUGGUUCCGGUGGCACAAUCGCAUCGCGGAAACCCUACGAAAUAAGAAUCCGGGAUGGUCGGACGAGCGGGUAUUCAACGAAGCCAGAAAAUGGGUCAUCGCUACUUAUCAGCACAUAGUGGUGGACGAAUGGCUGCCCAUGUGGUUGGAGGAAGAACUGGACCCUUACGAACGUUACGACGGCAGCGUAGAUCCGGGCAUUUCGCACGUCUUUCAGUCGGCGGCCAUGAGAUUCGGACACACGCUGGUGGUGUCGGCGGUACACACCCGCUCCAAGGCCCCGGAAUGCGAAGUGGGUAAACAAAUUAAGGCCGGCGGUCACGACAGAUUCAAAAACAUCCGAACCUGCAACAGUUUCUGGAAUCCUCAGGAUUCCGUCUUGGAGUCGGGCAUCGAUGAAAUUCUCAUGGGUUUGGCUUCGCAACCGGCGGAGAGGGAAGACAACGUCAUCGUGGAGGAUUUGAGAGGGAACGUGUUCGGCCCUCUGGAAUUUUCUCGGAGAGACCUGAUGGCCAUUAAUAUCCAGCGGGGCAGGGAUCACGGACUCCCCGAUUACAGGACGGCUCGAAUGAUCAUGCUCCCCCACGAAGAUCCCAUCGACACCUGGGAAGACAUGGAGAGAGUCGUCUCUUCCAGUAUGGACGCCAAGGGCCUGGUAGAACAGAUGAAGAAAUACUACAACUCCACUCGAGAGAUCGACAUCUGGGUGGGAGGCCUACUGGAAACGGAAACGUCUCCCGGUCCUCUCUUCAAGGCCAUCAUCAAGGAUCAGUUCAGAAGAAUAAGGGACGGGGACAGAUUUUGGUUCGAAAACAGAAAAAAUAAUUUGUUUACCGAAGAAGAAAUCGCUCGAAUCAAGAAUCUGACCCUCUUGAACGUGUUGUUGGAGGUCACCAACAUCACCGAAAGAGACAUCCAGAGGAAUCCUUUCCGACUUCCGUCCGACGUAAACCCGGGUCCCGAAUGUCAAAACUUCGACUUCACUUAUCAAUGGAAGAACGUCACCUUUCAAUCUCUACCCCCGCUGUCUCACGACGACAUCGAAAGUUGUAGCAGCGUCGAGACUUUCGACUACUUCAGUGGAAGCGAAGUGUCUUACGCAUUUACUUUCUUAUCGCUGGCACUUUUCGUCGUCGGUUGCGGAGCGGUUUUGGUGUACUUGGCCAGAAAGCGAGAACGAAAGAUGGCCGCGCACAAGAAAAUGGUGAACGAAGUGAAGCGCAAAACGCUAGGAUUGGACAGCAUGUUAGUCAACGAAUGGGUGGGGAAGAAGGAGAAGCUGCGGCAGAUCAUCAUCCGGACGGACAAGAACUCCAAGACCAUCGUGGUUCAAUUGCUGAACAGACAAGUGAUUCGUUCCAUCGACCUGAAACACGUGGAAACGGUGGAGAUGCAAAUCAGCGCGGACGCGAACAAACACUUUUUGCUGUUUCGAGUGGCCAGAGAAUACGACUUGGUGUUGAGUUUCGACAUGUUGGAAGAAAGGGACGUGUUCGUAGCUAGAUUAGAAGAGUAUUUGGGUGCGAUAGGAGUGGGAAGACAGAAGAGAGGGAUCAGACUUCAGUUCAUGUUGAACGACGCCACAACCAAAGCGCACCGCCAGAAGCAAUUGGAAAAGUUUUUCAGGGUAGUGUUCGCGCAGGCUUUCAACAUCCAACACGAUCAAGACGAAUUGUUGAAACUGGACGCGGCGCAGGCCAAAGAAAUAAUAAACACGGAAUUAACGCCUCACGAAUUCGCGGAAUCUCUGUCCUUGCGUCCCGACGCGGUGUUCGUCCAGCAGAUGUUCGCUCUGGUCGACGCCGAUAAGAACGGAUACAUUUCUUUCCGGGAAUUUUUGGACAUGAUCGUCAUUUUCGCCAAAGGUACGCCGGAAGACAAGGCCAAGCUGAUGUUCGACAUGUACGACAUCGACCAUUCCGGACAACUUUCCAAGAAGGAAUUCACCAGCAUGAUCAAAUCCAUGUUGGAAUUGGCCAAUCAGAAUCUAACUACCGAACGCCUGAACCAAUUGGUGAACAGCAUGUUCAAGUCGGCCAAUCUGCAGCACAAACAGGACCUCACCUUUGACGAUUUCACCAAACUCUUAGGAGAUUACCGCGAAGACCUAGGAUACGUUCAACUUAAUUUCGACGUCAGCGGAUUUAAUCCCGUGCCUCCCAAAUCGGCAGCCCGGCAGAGCGCCGUCUUCAGGGCUCACGAAACCAUCUACCGCGCUUACAGUUACUUCGGAGGGAACGAACCCGGCAGACUGCCCCAACCCAAAACUCCCAACCAAGUGCGAGUGGAAACGAAACAGGAGGCUUACCAAACCACCGCGCUUAGACAGACGCUGAUCAAAACCAUUCGAUUUGUGGAAAACUACCGAUUGCACAUCUUCUGGUCGGUGCUCUACACCUUGGUGGUCUUCGGGAUUUUCGCCGAGAGAGCCUACUAUUACUCGGUGGAGCGCGAGCACGGAGGACUCAGGAGGAUCGCCGGUUACGGGGUGACGGUGACCAGAGGAGCGGCCAGCGUCAUGAUGUUCACUUACUCCACCAUUCUGUUGACCAUGUGUCGCAAUUGCAUCACCUUCCUCAGGGAGACUUUCCUUCAUCGCUUCGUGCCCUUCGACGCCACCGUCCAGUUUCACAAGUACAUCGCCUUUUGGGCUCUCGUCUUUACCGUCAUCCACUCCGUCGGUCACGCCCUGAACUUCUACCACAUUUCUACGCAGACGGCCGACGACCUGACUUGCCUCUUCCGCGAUUUUUACCACGCAACCCACGAACUGCCAAAAUUUCAUUACUGGUGUUUCCAAACGAUAACAGGACUGACGGGUGUUUUUCUGGUCAUGGUGGUUGCCGUUAUGUACGUCUUUGCCAUUCAGUACUCCAGACGACACGUUUUCGACGCCUUUUGGUUAACUCACAAUUUAUACCCCGUUUUAUAUAUUUUGAUGGUUUUGCACGGGCUGGGAAGAUUGGUCCAGGAUCCCAUCUUUUAUUACUUUUUCCUGGGACCCUGCGUCCUCUUCACCGUCGACAAACUGAUUAGCGUCAACAGGAAGAAGAUAGAAAUCGCCGUCAUAAGAGCCGAACUCUUGCCUUCUGGCGUCACCAUGUUGGAGUUCAAACGACCUCCCAACUUCGAAUACUUGAGUGGACAGUGGGUCAGAAUAGCCUGCCUCCCUCUCAACGAAAACGAGUAUCAUCCCUUCACUCUGUCGUCCGCUCCUCACGAAGAGAACCUGACUCUGCAUAUUCGCGCCGUCGGGCCCUGGACCCUUAAUCUGCGAAGGCUUUACGAUCCGGCCAACGUGGGUUCGCACGCUUAUCCCAAAAUAUUUUUGGACGGUCCUUACGGAGAAGGUCACCAGGACUGGUUCCGUUUCGAAGUGUCUGUUUUGGUGGGAGGAGGGAUAGGGGUCACUCCCUUCGCCUCCAUUCUCAAAGACGUGGUGGCCAAAUCCGGCAAUCGCGCCAAAAUUCCCUGCAAAAAAGUUUACUUUAUUUGGGUGACGAGAACUCAGAAGCACUUCGAAUGGAUGCUGGACAUAAUCAGAGACGUAGAAGCGAAAGAUAAGGACGAUUUGGUCACGGUUCAUAUAUUUAUCACGCAGUUUUAUCAGAAAUUCGACCUGCGCACCACCAUGUUGUACAUAUGCGAAAGACACUUCCAGAGAAUUUCUAAUCGCAGUCUCUUCACCGGCCUUCAGUCCGUCACUCAUUUCGGUCGUCCGAACUUCUUCGCCUUUCUGAACUCUCUUCAGCGGCAGCAUCCCAGCGUGACGAAAGUGGGCGUGUUCAGUUGCGGACCUCUCCCCAUGACCAACAGCGUUCAGUUGGCCUGCGAACGAUUGAACAGGAAGGACGGAGCGGCAUUCGUUCACCACUACGAAAAUUUCUAAUCAUUUUUCUUGUUUUCCCGAAAAUGUACUUGGAAACCGUUUGCGAGUUCGCCAAUAAAGUACCACUCGUACAUUA